AGCAUAUCAACAACCCUACAUUCCGCAGGCAUGAAAAAUCUAAAAGUUAAAGUAAAUUGUUUAUAAUAAAAGUGCCAGACAUCAAACGAAUUAAUACUAUCAGCACUGAAACGAUUUGGCAACGUAAAUAUCCGAAACAUCAGCCCAACCACACACUUACACACACACUCACAAACAACUACACUCACUCACACACAUACAGCAACAACAACAUACUGUAAGAGUCACCCAGUUCCCCCCAGUUCUAAGUUAGACUGCAAUGUGCAGCUGCAGCGUAAGCGUACGAGAUGUCCCGGCUCGCUGAUUACUUUGUAAUUGUUGGCUACGAUAACGACAAAGAAAAAACUGCCGGCAAUGUCUGCGGUCAGCCAAUAUGCGGAAAAAUUGUGCAACGCUUUCCCGAGAAAGAUUGGCCCGACACGCCCUUCAUCGAGGGCAUCGAAUGGUUCUGUCAGCCGCUCGGCUGGAAUUUAUCGUACGAGAAACAAGAGCCGAAAUUCUUUAUAUCCGUGCUCACCGACAUCGAUGCAAAUAAGCAUUAUUGUGCGUGCUUAAGCUUUCAUGAAACUCUGGCGAUCACCCAGACCCGCACGGUGGACGAUGAGGAUGAGACCAUUGCCAACAAUAGCAAUGGCAACUGUGGCAAUCGCGGAUUGCUCGGCACUCCUCCCGUUGAGUCAAUAACACAUCACAGCAUUAUGUAUGCGCCCAAAUGCUUGGUGCUAAUAUCUCGACUUGACUGCGCAGAGACUUUUAAGAACUGCCUGGGUACCAUCUACACGGUGUACAUUGAGAAUUUGCCAUAUGCCAUGGAGAAUCUUAUUGGCAACAUUCUGGGCUGCAUACAAGUGCCACCGGCAGGUGGGCCGCAGGUGCGGUUUUCGAUUGGCGCCGGUGACAAGCAAUCGCUGCAGCCACCGCAAAGCUCCUCCCUGCCAAUGACGGGCAGCGGUGUUUACUUCCUGUUCAAGCAGCUGGGCAUUAAGAAUGUGCUGAUAUUACUUUGCGCCGUGAUGACUGAAAACAAAAUACUCUUUCACUCCAAAUGCUAUUGGCAUCUCACGGAUAGUUGCCGGGCAUUGGUUGCGCUCAUGUAUCCAUUUCGUUAUACACACGUCUACAUACCCAUACUCCCCGCCCCGCUCACGGAGGUGCUGUCCACGCCAACACCCUUCAUUAUGGGCAUACAUAGUUCGCUGCAAUCGGAGAUCACAGACUUGCUGGAUGUCAUUGUGGUAGAUUUGGAUGGUGGUCUAGUGACCAUACCAGAUGCACUAACGCCACCAGUGCCCAUAUUUCCAUCACCAUUGUGGGAGCAAACGCAGGAUUUGCUCAGCAUGAUACUCUUUCCCAAUUUGGCGCAAGCUGAUCUCGCCUUUCCUAAUAAUGAGCGGCCCAACUCAACUAUGGUCAAGACCGAAGCACAAAUUGACAAGGAGCUGCGCGCCAUAUUUAUGCGUCUAUUCGCACAGCUGCUCCAGGGCUAUCGCUCUUGCCUGACUAUCAUACGUAUUCACCCCAAACCAGUGAUAACAUUUCACAAGGCUGGAUUUUUGGGUGCUCGCGAUCUUAUCGAGAGCGAGUUUUUAUAUCGCGUUCUUGAUAGCAUGUUCUUUACCACUUUUGUUAAUGAACGUGGGCCACCUUGGCGGGCUGCUGAUGCCUGGGAUGAGCUGUACAGCUCGAUGAAUGAAUUGCUCAAAACGGAGUCACAAAACCGGAAUCUCAUACUCACACAUAUCCAGGAACUAGGCCGCACACUAUACGAAAAUGAGGCAUCUAAUGCUCACACAACCUAUGCCCAAAAGGUGCUCAAGCCGCCGCAAGGCUCUUUUCAACGCAUUCACCAGCCGUCAUUUCCACGUAUUAACGUUGAAAAAGUAGAGCUAAUCAUACAGGAUGGCAUACGCAAGAAUGGCCAAUCGCAGCGGUUUCAUGUCACCCGCAAUCAACCCCGAAUUAUACCCAUGGGUCCGCGACUCCCCGAAGCCCUGGAGCUACGACCCACAACGGUACACAAUUCAGCCCGUCGCUUGGAGGUGCUGCGCACCUGUGUCUCAUACAUAUUUGAAAAUCGCAUUGCGGAUGCGAGAAAGCUAUUGCCUGCCGUAAUGCGCACACUAAAGCAUCGAGACGCACGUCUCAUUCUUUGUCGCGAGCUGUUUGGUUACGUACAUGGCAAUAAAGCGGUGCUGGAUCAUCAACAAUUCGAUUUGGUAGUGCGAUUCAUGAACAAAGCGCUGCAGAACUCAUCGGGCGUGGAUGAGUAUACUGUAGCAGCUGCGCUGCUUCCCAUGUCAACUAUAUUCUGCCGUAAGCUUUCUAUGGGCGUGGUACAAUUUGCCUAUACGGAAAUACAGGAUCAUGUCAUAUGGAAGAAUCUGCAGUUCUGGGAAUCCACAUUCUUUCAGGAUGUGCAGGCUCAAAUCAAGGCACUGUAUUUGUUGCAGCGUCGCCAGAACGAGCACAACAAGGAAGCCAACUGUGUACUGGACGAAGUGCCUCUGGAGGAGCCAACGGCGCUAGAAAUAACCGCAGAACAGUUGCGGAAGAGUCCCACCAUCGAGGAGGAGAAAAAGGCUGAGCUGGCCAAAUCGGAAGAGUCCACGCUCUAUAGCCAGGCCAUACACUUUGCCAAUCGCAUGGUAUCCCUGCUAAUACCGCUCGACGUCAAUGUGGAUGCGGCCAGCAAACCUAAGCUGCCCUUUCGGCUCGAGGAGAACCAGAGCGUUUCCAAUAGUAUUAUGGGCUCGCAUAGCCUGAGCGAACAUUCCGAUGAAGGUUUCGAGGAGAACGAUGCCUCUGAGAUAGGUGUUACUGUAGGCAAAACAAUAUCUCGUUUCAUUGAUUGCGUUUGCACGGAGGGCGGCGUCACCUCGGAGCACAUACGCAAUCUUCAUGACAUGGUGCCGGGCGUGGUGCACAUGCAUAUUGAAUCGCUGGAGCCAGUUUAUCUCGAAGCCAAGCGGCAUCCGCAUGUGCAGAAACCGAAAAUCCAGACACCUUGUCUACUCCCCGGAGAGGAAUUAGCGAGCGAUCAUUUGCGUUGCUUUCUCAUGCCCGAUGGACGAGAAGAUGACACCCAGUGCUUGAUACCCGCCGAGGGUGCGCUGUUCUUGACGAAUUAUCGCAUCGUUUUCAAGGGCUCGCCCUGUGAUCCGCUCUUUUGCGAGCAGACAAUUGUGCGUGCCUUUCCCAUUGCCUCACUGCUCAAAGAAAAGAAGAUAUCGAUGCUGUAUUUGGCCCAUUUAGAUCAAACGCUGCCGGAGGGCUUGCAGCUGCGAUCCAGCUGCUUUCAGUUGCUCAAGAUUGCCUUCGAUACGGAGGUUACACUCGAACAAAUCGAAACGUUUCGCAAAACCCUAAACAAAGCGCGCCAUCCAUUUGAUGAAUUUGAGUAUUUCGCAUUUCAAUCGUAUGGAACUAUGCUACAAGGCGUUGUACCUUUAAAAACCAAGGAGAAGUACUCCACGCUCAAGGGAUUUGCAAAGAAAACAUUGUUACGCACAGCUAAAAAAGCUGGAUUCAAGCAAAAAGUCCAAACGAAACGUAAAUUGGUCCCGGAGUAUGAGAUGGGCGGUGGCAGCACAGAUGCACUCGAAACCCACUCCAUAGACGAUGAGCUGGAGGAUGGAGAUGAGUUUGAGACGCAGCAGAACGAAGCGCUGCCACGUCUGCUCACGACCAAGGACAUCGAGCGCAUGCGUGAGCGUAGCUAUGUACGGGAUUGGAAACGUUUGGGCUUCGAUGCAGAGGCACAACUCGGAUUUCGUAUCAGUAAUGCCAAUGCCAACUAUGCCACGUGUCGCACUUAUCCGGCCAUUAUAGUUGCGCCGGUCCACUGCAGCGAUGCGGUCAUGACGCACCUGGGACGCUGUUUCAAGAGCCAGCGGAUACCCUUGCCCACGUGGCGGCACAAUAAUGGCUCGUUGCUCAUACGCGGUGCACAGCCGAAUAGCAAAUCCGUAAUUGGCAUGAUCAAGAAUACAACGGGGGCAAAUACUAUGGCGCAUAAUGAUGUCACUCAUUAUCCGGAACAGGACAAAUAUUUAAUGGCGCUGAUUAAUACAAUGCCUGUGCUGACGCCGCUCGACGCACUCAAUCAGUAUACCGAUAUGAAUCUCUCCAUAAACUCACUGCUCGGACAUGGCGAAGAACAUCAAUCGUUAACACCAGAGUUUAUGCGCAAACAACGAACAAAUUUGAGUAUGUCGGAAAGUAGUAAAGCCAAUGUCGGCGGCAACAAGGGUGGCACCAUGAAAGGCAAUGAAAGGACUGCAGCGAACGCAUUUCGGAAGAUGCGGCUCUAUGUUCUAGGCGAAAAAUCGCAAGCCAAAUCGAAUUUGAAUGGUGAUUUCUGUGCGGAUUUCAUACCAGUGGAUUAUCCGGAUAUACGGCAAUCUCGAUCAGCCUUCAAGAAACUGAUACGUGCCUGCAUGCCCUCACAUAAUAUCAGUGAAGCAGAUAGCCUGAGCUUUGCCAAGAUGGUUGAGCAAUCAGAUUGGCUGCAACAAAUCUCUACCCUGCUGCAGCUAUCCGGUGCCGUUGUGGACCUCAUUGAUUUGCAGGAAAGUAGCGUCAUGCUUUCACUGGAGGACGGCUCCGACGUGACUGCCCAGCUGUCGAGCAUCGCACAACUGUGCCUUGAUCCCUAUUAUCGCACGAUCGACGGCUUUCGUGUGCUGGUCGAGAAAGAGUGGCUGGCAUUCGGACAUCGCUUUGCCCAUCGCAGCAAUUUGAAACCAUCCCAUGCCAGCACAAACAUUGCCUUUGCGCCCACAUUUUUGCAGUUUCUGGAUGUUGUCUUUCAGCUGCAGCGACAGUUUCCCAUGGCAUUUGAGUUUAAUGAUUUCUAUUUGCGUUUUCUGGCCUAUCACGUGGUCUCGUGUCGAUUUCGCACAUUUCUCUUUGACUGCGAGUUGGAGCGCUACGAUUCCGGCAUUGCGUCCAUGGAGGACAAGCGCGGCUCACUGACCACCAAGCAUAUAUUUGGUGGUGGCGGUGCUGCGAAUGGUUCGGAUGAUGAAUGUAAUGUUUAUCCGCUCGACAUACGCAGUCCACGCACGCCUAAUCAAAUGAAUCGCAUUGGACACUCCAUUUUCGAUUAUAUCGAGCGACAGCACAACAAAUCGCCAAUAUUCUAUAAUUUCCUGUACUCUGCCAACAGGGAUGUGGUACUGCGUCCGCAGAAUAGCGUGGCUGCCUUAGACCUGUGGAGCUUUUAUACCAACGAGGAGCUGGCACAGGGACCGCCCUAUGAUCUGGAAGUGACCAAUGUCGAUGAUGAAAUCGAUCUGUCUGAGAUCAAGGGCAAACGCAUGGUGAUUAGCGCCGGCUAUGACAACAUUGAGAAAUGCAAUCCCAAUGCCUAUGUCUGUCUGCUCAGCGAGGUGAAACAGGCGGAGACGGAACGCGGCCAUCUGCCACAGAAGUGGCAGUUGGUGUGGAACAAUAUGGUCGUACCACAGUCAGAGUCCAUAUCGCGCAAAACUUCAAUGAACAGCAUGCUGGUCCAGACGCAUCAACACAAGCGCUCUACGCUCGAAAUUAUAAUGAAGGGUCGCUUGGCUGGGUAUCAGGAUAAGUUCUUUCAUCCGCAUCGCUUUGAGAAGCAUCCAUAUACGACGCCCACCAAUUGCAAUCAUUGCACUAAGCUGCUCUGGGGGCCUGUUGGCUAUCGUUGUAUGGACUGUGGCAACUCCUAUCAUGAGAAGUGUACGGAGCUCUCCAUGAAGAACUGCACCAAAUACAAGGCCAUAGAUGGUACUGUGGGGCCGCCCAAUGUCAACAUAUCCCAGGGUGAUACCGCCAGCAUUGCAUCCAGUGCAGCGACCACCGCACGCACCUCCAGUCACCACUUCUACAACCAGUUCAGCAGCAAUGUUGCCGAGAAUCGCACGCACGAAGGACAUCUCUACAAACGUGGCGCUCUGCUGAAGGGAUGGAAGCAACGCUGGUUCGUUUUGGACUCGAUUAAACAUCAAUUGCGCUAUUAUGAUACUUCCGAUGAUACAGCGCCAAAGGGUAUUAUAGAGUUGGCCGAGGUGCAGUCGGUGACUGCCGCACAGCCCGCACAAAUUGGCACAAAACGCGUCGAUGAAAAGGGUUUCUUUGAUCUUAAAACCUCGAAGCGCACCUAUAACUUCUAUGCUAUGAAUGCGAACCUGGCUCAGGAGUGGACAGAAAAGUUGCAGGCUUGUUUGCAGUAAACCCGAAAUUCAUCCAACAGCGACAGAUAUAGUUUUUAUCCUGGCGAUCUAUUUAGUGCUCCUACUCGCUGCGGCUUCUACAAAGCUUACGUUCAAUGCGUGUUCUGCUC